GGCGUGAAUGGUGGGGAUAAGCUGACGGCACUGUCGGCGGCCAGCUGUGCACGGCGUGGCGCGUCAGUCGGUGCUCGUUUGGUUCUCCCCACCAUUCGGCAUCGUUGCCCCCACCACUCGGGAUAAGCCCGUUACGGCGGCCAUCGGUGUGUCGCGCGCGCGGCGUGUCUUUCGUACGGGCCAUGGCCUCCAUAGACACGGAGGCGAGCGAGGCAGCCCGAGCCGCUCCUCGCGUUAUUGCUAUAAGAUAGAAAGAGAGAAAGAGUGAGUGAGUGUGAGAGAGUGAGAGGGAGCGAGAGAGCGAGCGAGCGCGCGAGAGAAAGAGAGAGAGAGAGAGAGAGAGAGAACGAACUAGAAAGAAAGAGAGAAAGAGAGAGAGAGAGAGAGAGAGAGAGAGAGAGAAGACGGGUCUGAGAGCGACGAUCGCGAGGAGUAGUAGCAAUAAUUUCUAACUCGAGUCAAGAUGGCGGCGGCGGUGGUGGCGGACACGGUGGCGGUGCUCGCCAGGGGCGACAAGAUCCUCGUCACCGUCGAGUCCGCCCUGCCGGACAUCCUCGUCGUGUCCUUCGUUCAUGGUGCCAAGUGUUUCCAGGGUGCGCUCCUCGACGCCACCAAGAGGGGUCUUCCCUGUGGCGUUCAACCUCCGGAACCGGUACCGGAUCCUGACGGCGACAAGUUGGCGACGAUCGCGGCACGGUUCAGUUAUUUCCAAGAUAGGAAAAACACGAGCGGUCCGACUAAGGUCGACUUACGUAGGAGCAUAAAUCCACCAGCUAGAUAUAAAAACGCACGGCCGACGGUCAGGCUUAGGCCGCGUCAAGUUCUCUGUAGCAAGUGUCGUUCGAUUUGUAAUGAGAAUAGCGAGAACGUCGACGUAAGCCGUAAAAGAAAGCAUGAUGAGGAACAACAGCAGCAGCAGCAACAACAGCAACAACAACAGCAGCAGCAGCAGCAGCAACAACAACAACAGCAACAAACUCAACAACAUUCACAUCAUCAACAGCAACAAACUCAUCAGCAGCAAUCAAGUGUACCUACGAGGAGAAGCGAUCGUCAACGUUGUAGUCAGCAACCGCAAAAGAAUCAGAGGACAUUCUUUUCGGAAAAUACGAAUACGACGAUGACUGCGACGGUGACGGCGACGGCGACAGCGACAGCGACGGCGACAACGACGAUGACGACAACGGUGAUGAAACCAGCGACGUCCUCGUCGAGUCCUGACUCUUCGAAGCUUGGCCCAUCUUCUUUGAUACCAAAACUUUCAAGAUUACAACCGAACGAGAUCAGCAACGCUAUGCAUGGACCUGGUAAGGUAGAACUGCCAACAGGAGUACCAUCUACUUAUUGGAGUAGCAGCAGCGAGGCUGAUGAUUCGAGCAGGAAUACCCUAACGCGUCCAGAGGAUCGAGUUGAGUCUACGGAUUGCGAUAGUAAUCCUUCGAUGGCUUAUUGCGCAACACCGAGAAGAUUGAGUAGCUCCUCGGUGGAGAGUGCGAAGGUGCCCGAAGAAGAGGAUAAGAAGACCUUGGCUGCGGCUGAUUCGACGAUGAGACCGAGGAUCGGUCGAGUACCAAGGAAAAAAAGAUCAGUUGGUUCUAUGGAGGAUCUUUGGGAUGAGUCUGUGUUCGAGGAUCCAACGAGAACUACCAGGACCACACCUAUUAUCAAGAUUUCUUUCGGUGCUCAAGGAGAGGGUACCGUAUUGAAGAUACCUUCGAAAAUUCAAGACCCAGAAUACGAGCAGGAGACCGAUGAUCCGGACGACGUGCAAGCUGAAACCGAUCGAGAUCCUUUGGAAUUACCAAGGAAUUUCGAUAAUGGUUAUGAUUAUUGCGAGGAUGUUGAGGACGAUGGGCAAGAACAGAUAGAUCCGCAGAAGCAGGGUGUAAAGGACGCCAGUGCUAAGGCUGCGAAAAGAGCAUUGAAGAAAGCUAAGAAGGAAGCGAGAAGGAAAAUGUUGGGCGGUGGUGUCUCACCGGCCAGAUCACCUUGUAAUGGUUCUCCACGAUAUAACACAAGCUACGAUCCUUUGCUUUAUCAUCGUCGCAAGCAUAAGGUGAAACAUAAGAAGAAACACAAGGAUGAUCGAAAACACAAAAAUCAACAGCAGCAGCAACAGCAACAGCAACAGCAAGAAUCCUGUGUCGAGUCUGGUACAACGACAACGGAAUGUCAACAAAAUUGGAAUGUUCUACCGGGUGGUGAAACUUAUACGGCUAUAAAGGAACAGUGCCUGAAACAGAAACUCUCAAUCUCUUUGAAGAGGUUGAACACGAACGCUUACGCAAGAUGCGAUUAUCCUGUGAGCAACGCUUCGUCCGGCUGCAAAAGCCCCGGCGCCAGUAGCGACGAGCUCAGCGAACAGGAGGCUGAAGUGGAUGCUGGAGAAACUGCCCCGGAUUUUCCACCCCAGUCGCACCCUCUCGUCAUGCGUUUGGCAGCAACGCCAGUGGCUCAUUGUCUCACUGCCAACGGCAGGAGAAUGGACGUUGGGGAUGUUGUGUGGGGAAAGAUCCAUGGUUUCCCUUGGUGGCCGGGAAAGGUUCUCAGUAUUACAGUUUCCUGUAAGGAAGAUGGUACGUCAUCCGGACCACAGGCUCAUGUAGCUUGGUACGGUUCCUCGACUAGUUCUCUCAUGUCCUGCGAUCAGCUAAGUCCCUUCCUCGAAACAUUCAAGACACGUUAUAAUAAGAAGAAACGUGGACCUUACAAAGAAGCUAUAAGACAGGCGCAAAAUGAAGCACGUAGCCAGAUCACUCCAAAUUCAACUAGCAGCGUUCUCAAUGUUUGCGGUUCUCCUCGCGAGGUCAACGUUCUCUCCUAAAAAAGAAAAAGUAAAAGCAAAUAAAUAAAAUGAAGGAAGGUUUGGAAACUCUCUAAGAAAGGAAAAAAACCUUCUCGUUCCUCUUUCUAAUAAUCUGUUAUCGGUAAUCUUGAACGACAACAACAACAACAACAACAACAACAACAACAACAAUAAUAAUACACACCUCGGAUUUUUCUUCGUGUA